AUGGUGGGGACUGACAUCUUUGAUCAGACCGUACUGAUCCAAGCUGACAAAGACAUCUCAGUAUUAUCCCGCAACUCCAAGCUCCAAACAAGUGCUACCACAGUGGUGUACCCAGUUCAGCAGCUGGGCAAACCAGUGCCUUCAUGCAACUCGAUCCAGUGCAGGAAGAAGGAGAAGUGUGAGAUCAUAGAUGGGCAGCCAGUGUGUGUCCCAGUGUCAGAAUCCACCUGCUGGGCACAGGGAGAUCCUCACUAUCACACCUUUGAUGGGAGGAACUUUGAUUUCAUGGGCACCUGCACCUACACCAUUGCCAAGACGUGUGGCCAGGAUGCAUCUCUUCCUUACUUCAGCAUUGAGGCCAAGAAUGAGAUCAGGGGCAAUACUCACGUUUCUUAUGUGGGUUUUGUGACAGUCACAGUCUAUGACAUCACCAUCUCUGUCACCAGAUCUGAAGUUGGAUUUGUGAGGGUAAACAACCAACGGGCCCGGCUGCCGAUCUCCUUGAAUGAAGGAAAACUCCUUCUGUACCAGAGUGGGGGCUCUGUCCAUGUUGAGACUGACUUCUCACUGUGGGUCUCCUAUGAUUGGAACAGCUACCUGGUGGUGAAGAUCUCCAGUAGCUUUUCAGAAAACAUAUGUGGCCUCUGUGGUAACUACAAUGGAGACCCCACAGAUGACUUCAGUACCCCCCAAGGGAAUUUGGUUCCCAAUCCUGUGGAGUUUGGGAAAAGCUGGAAGGUGGAGGAUGGUGACAGGUUCUGCUGGGAUGACUGCCAAGGGGAAUGCAAAAGUUGCUCCCCAGAGAUGGCCAACAAAUAUAAAGCUGAACCAUUCUGUGGCUGGAUCAGCAAAGAGGGAGAUGGUCCAUUCAGCCAAUGUCAUUCUGUGAUUGACCCCAACAUCUUUCUGGAUAAUUGUGUCUAUGAUCUCUGCUUGAAUGAUGGCCUCAAAGAUGUGCUGUGUGAGGCACUGAAAAGUUACGCAGAAGCCUGUCAGAAAGAGGGAGUUGCUAUCUCUGACUGGAGGACUCCAACUGGUUGUGUUCUCUCCUGCCCUGAGAACAGCCAGUAUGAGGCUUGUGGAGCACCAUGUCCUGCAACCUGCAAUGAUCAAGCUGGUCCCAAGAACUGCUCCUCAUUGCCUUGCGUGGAGACCUGCCAGUGCAAUGAGGGCUUUGUACUGGAUGCUGGCAAAUGUAUCCCCAAGGCUGGCUGCGGGUGCGUAUUUGAGGGGAAGGUCUUCUCCCCUGGCGAGCAGUUCUGGGGAGACAGCACAUGCACCAAACUCUGCAUCUGUGAUGCAGAGACGAGACGGGUGACCUGCCAGGCAGCCAGCUGCAAGAAUGGGGAGCAAUGCAGGGUAGAGGAUGGCAUUCAGAACUGUUACCCAACCAGUUAUGGCACCUGCUCUGCUUCAGGGGACCCUCACUAUAUUACCUUUGAUGGCCUGAAGUUUGACUUCCAAGGCACCUGUGUCUAUCAGCUCACUGGGCUGUGUGUGAAGAGAAAGGACCCGGUGGAUUUUCUGGUCCUUGUCCAAAAUGACCACCGAGGCAGCCAGGCUGUGUCCUUUACCCGAGAUGUAGAAAUCUACGUAUAUGAGACAUCCAUUGUGAUUAGUAGAAAAAACCCUGGAAAAGUCAUGGUGAACGGCCUGCUGACCAACCUGCCUUACAGCAUCAAAAGCAACAGGAUCUCCAUGUAUAGGAGAGGGCAAGAGGCAGUGGUCCAGACUGACUUCCACCUGGCUGUCACCUUUGACUGGCAAAGCCGCGUCACUGUGACGGUGCCCAGCACUUACGCCGAUGCCCUUUGCGGUCUCUGUGGGAACUUCAAUGGCAACAAACAAGACGAGAUGACCAUGAAAAAUGGCACAGUGGCUCUAAGUCCAUCAGCCUUUGGUCAGAGCUGGAAAGUGCGGGAGGUACCAGGCUGCACAGAGGAGGACAAGGGAGAGUGUUCUGACCUAGCGGCCAUUGAACAACACCAACGGCAACUUGGCAAGGAGUGUGGGCUCAUCCUAGCCAAGGACGGUCCUUUCAGAGAGUGUCACAGCAAAAUUGACCCAGAGGGAUACUUCCAAGAUUGUGUGUACGACUACUGCUUCUUUGAAGGCCAACAAGCUGUGAUUUGCCAGCUCAUCGCCAGUUAUGCAGCAGCCUGCCAGGCAGUUGGAGUGACUCUGUACGAAUGGAGAUCUGACACCUUCUGCAGUCUUUCUUGUGUUCCAAAUAGCCACUACGAGCUCUGUGCUAGAGGCUGUGGCCAGACGUGUGGUAGCAUCCAUGUUCCUGUCCUCUGUCCAGCUCACUGUCAGGAAGGCUGUGUGUGUGAUGAGGGCUUUGUGCAGAGUGGCGAUCAAUGCGUCCCCCUAUCCCAGUGUGGCUGUCUCCAUCAAGACCACUAUUACUUGGCAGGAGAGACUUUCUACCCAACAUGCCAAGAGUGUUGCGUGUGCCAAGCCGGGGGGACUGUGAAGUGUACCACAUUUUCCUGUGGACCUCAUGAGGAAUGUAGGUUGACUGGUGGCAUCCAGAAAUGCUACCCUGUUGGCAACGCUACUUGUUCCGCUUCUGGUGACCCACACUAUCAUUCAUUUGAUGGACUGGCCUAUGAUUUCCAGGGCACCUGCACAUAUACCCUUGCCAAAGCCAAUACAGACAACCAGGUCCUGACUCCCCUUACCGUGAACGUGGAGAAUGAGCCCUGGGGGAAUGGGCGAGUCUCUGUUACCAAGAUGGUCUCUGUCAAAGUUUAUGGCAUUACACUCACGUUAUUGCAGAACAAGAAGGGGCAAGUGAAGGUGAAUGGCGUGUUCCAGCCUCUCCCCGUGACCUUUUCUACUGGGAAGCUCAGAGUCUAUCAGCAUGGCACUAAAGUCUUCAUACAAACUGAAUUUGGCCUCACUGUGAGCUAUGAUCUGGUUUAUGAUGUGAAAGUCACUGUCCCAAGCACUUACAAGGGCCAGAUGCAAGGCCUGUGUGGGAACUACAAUGGGCAGAAAGAUGACGAGUUCCUCCUACCCAAUGGCCAGGUGACCUCUGAUGUGGCAGCAUUUGGUGCUGCUUGGAAAGUCCCAGACCCUGGGGCAAAUGGAUCCUGCUCAGAUGGAUGCUCUGGGAGUGACUGUCCAGUCUGUGAGGAAAGGAAGAAGGACAUUUUCAAACAGCCCAACUACUGUGGGUUCCUCACUGCUUCUGAUGGCCCCUUCAAAGCUUGCCACAGCAAGGUGGACCCCAGUGUCUAUUUCAGUAACUGCAUCUAUGAUCUCUGCCUGGGCAAUGGGGAGAACAAGGUCUUGUGUCAGAGUAUCCAGAGCUACGUGUCAGCCUGCCAAGAGGCUGGGGUCUCAGUGGAACCCUGGAGGAAUUCAUCUUUCUGUCCUCUGAACUGCCCAGCUAACAGUCACUACAAGAUCUGUACCGACCUCUGCUCCACCAGCUGUGCCAAGAUCACAGACCCCAGACCGUGUCCGGAGAUCUGUGCUGAGGGCUGCCAGUGUGAUGAUGGCUUCUUCUUUGAUGGCUAUGGUUGUGUUACUGCAGGAGACUGUGGGUGCUUCAAGAAUGGACGCUACUACAAGCCCAAUGAGACAGUUCUGUUGAAUAACUGCCAGGAGAGCUGCCUCUGCAUCCCAGGCCAAGGUGUAAUCUGUGAGGCCCAUAGCUGUGCCACUGAUGAGACCUGCAAGAUCCAAGAUGGAGUCAUGGGUUGCAUCAAUAAGGAUCCAUGUAAAGCCUUGAAGUGCCGAGAAAAGGAAACAUGUAAAAUUGAGAAUGGCCAAGCCGAAUGUGUCCCUGACUUCACAGGAAGCUGCUGGGGCUGGGGAGAUCCGCACUACCAUACCUUUGAUGGGAUGGACUUCGAUUUCCAGGGCACCUGUUCUUACAUCAUUGCCAAGUACUGUGGAAAUGAUUCUACGCUGGUUCCUUUCACUAUAGAUGAGAAGAAUGACAACAGGGGCAAUCAGGCAGUGUCCUAUGUGCGCCUGGCCAACAUCUAUGUCUACGGGUACAAAAUCUCCAUGUACAAGCAGGAAAUUGGAAAAAUCAGGUUAAAUGAUGCAAUUUUCAGCCUGCCUUUGACUCUUGAAGAUGGCAAGAUCAAGCUUUACCAAAGUGGCCCCAACGUUGUCAUGCAAACAGAUUUUGGCCUCCAAGUGACAUAUGACUGGAACACACACCUGGUGAUCAAUCUCCCCAGCAGCUACUAUAAUGCCACAUGUGGGCUGUGUGGAAAUUUCAAUCAAAACCCUGGCGAUGACAUGGCCUUUCCCAAUGGGACCAAGGCCUCCUCCAUCGUAAGCUGGGCCAGCAGCUGGAAAGUCAAGGAUCGGGACCCCUUCUGCUGGGAUUCCUGCCAAGGGAAUUGCCCAACAUGUGAUGACAGCAAGAAGGAUUUGUAUGGAAAGGAAGAGUACUGUGGGGUGAUCAGCAAAACCUCAGAUGGGCCCUUCAGAGAAUGUCAUGCCCUAGUGAACCCAGAUGACUUCUUUGAUAGUUGCAUUUAUGAUGUGUGCCUGAAUGAUGGGGCCAAGAACAUCCUUUGCCAAGCACUGGAGGCCUAUGCAAAAACCUGUAGGAAAGCAGGUGCCAUAAUAUAUGACUGGAGGACACCAUCCGGUUGUGUUUUGCCAUGCUCUGAGAACAGCCACUAUGAGUUCUGUGGUAAUGCCUGCCCAGCCAGCUGUUCUGACCACACCGCUCCAUCUGCCUGCCAAGAGCCAUGCAUGGAAACCUGCCAGUGUGACGACGGCUAUGUCAUCAGCGUUGACAAGUGUGUGCCCAUAGGGAGCUGUGGCUGCACCUACAAUGGCUUCUACUACGAGCCUGGGGAGGAAUUCUGGGCCGAUGAGAACUGUGGCACUCACUGCACAUGUGAUUCCACCCUGGGGAUUGUGGUGUGUAAACCAGCUAGCUGCAAAGCUAAUGAACAGUGCACUGUGGUUGAUGGGGUCCGGGGCUGUCAUCCCAUCAGCUCUGCUACUUGUUCAGCAUCCGGGGACCCUCACUACACCACCUUUGAUGGAAAGAGAUACGAUUUCAUGGGCACUUGUGUCUACCAGCUGACUGGACGUUGCUUUGAUGACCCAACUCUCAAGCCAUUCACUAUCAAUGUGGAGAACAACAACCGAGGCAACAAAAGGGUGUCCUACACCAAAGUGGUAACACUGGAGGCUUACAAUUUAACCAUUGUGCUUAGCCAAGAGCGUCCUCGUCAGAUCCAGGUCAAUGACAUCUCUGUGAACCUGCCUUUCUACCAUGAAGACAAGAUAAAGGCUUACAUCCGUGGGAAUGAGGGUUUCAUCAAGACUGAUUUUGACAUGACAGUAACUUUUGACUGGAAUAGCUAUGUCAAAGUCACUGUACCCAGUACAUAUGCCAAUGCUGUCUGUGGCCUCUGUGGCAACAACAAUUUGAACCCCAAUGAUGACUUCACCAUGAAGGAUGGAAGCCAAGCAUCAAGCAUAACCCAAUUUGCAGAGAGCUGGAAGGUGGCAGAUGUCCCUGGUUGCUCAAUGGGUUGCACUAAUGAUUGCCCAGUAUGUGGGGAGGCACAGGAGGAAAUCUAUAAGGGUGACCAGUACUGCGGGAUUCUCAUCAAAAAGGAUGGGCCAUUCCAGCAAUGCCAUGCGACCAUCGACCCAACACCUUACUUCAUUGAUUGUGUCUUUGACACCUGCCAGUACCAUGGCCAGCACGAUGCUCUGUGUAAGGCUGUCAGCAUUUACGUGGCAGCCUGCCAGGCACUGGGGAUUCAGAUUGAACCAUGGAGGUCAGACUCUUUUUGCAGCCCUGCCUGCUCACUUAACUCUCACUAUGAGCUCUGUGGAAAUGGCUGCCCUGUCACUUGCCACGGUCUCUCUGCUCCAAAGGGCUGUAAGGCAUCAUGCAAAGAAGGAUGCUAUUGCAACGUUGGGUUUGUCCUGAGUGGGGACCAGUGUGUUCCUCUCGGUGACUGUGGCUGUGUGUACCAGGGCAAGUACUAUAAGAAAGGAGAGGAUUUCUACCCCAGUUCCUCCUGCCAGGAACGAUGCCAAUGCACUGACAAUGGAAUUGUUGAAUGCCAGAAAACCUCUUGUGGGCCCCAUGAGGAAUGCAAAGUGGAGAAUGGUGUCCAAGGCUGCCAUCCUGUGGGCUCUGGCAAAUGCAGUGUGGCUGCGGGAUCCCACUACUUGACUUUUGAUGGACGGGACUAUGACUUCCAUGGUACCUGCAUUUAUACUUUAGCUAAAGUUGAUGGAAAGGGUUCUUCUCGGCCAGCAAACUUCUCUGUUCUAGUGGAGAAUGAGGGAUCCCUGACAAAGAUGGUUGUGGUUUCUUCUCAUGGAUAUACUGUUGUCAUUGAGAAGGCAAUGAAGUGGCAGGUCAAGGUGGAUGGAGAGUUAUAUACAUUGCCAAUGAGUACGGAUGAUGGAAAACUCUGGGCCAACCAAGAAGGGAACAAUAUCAUUGUCCAGUCUGACCUUGGCUUCAAAGUCCUUUAUGAUUUAUUCUCUUAUGUCCUUGUGGCUGUGCCCAGUACCUAUCAGGGGCAAGUCAGUGGCCUAUGUGGUAAUUUCAAUAAUAACAAAAUGGAUGACUUCACUCUGCCCAGUGGGAAAACCACCCAGAAUGUGGAUGAGUUUGGAGCCUCUUGGAAGGUUCCCAUUUAUGGUCCCAAUUGUUCUGAUGGGUGUGGUGAGGAAUGCCCCAUCUGUGAUUCAUCCAAGACAGCACCCUACAGGCCUGAAAGUUCCUGUGGAAUGAUCCAAGCGAAAUCAGGCCCGUUCAAAAACUGUCACUCCUUAGUGGAUCCUACUGAAUACUUCAACUAUUGUCUCUAUGAUAUGUGUGUGUCCAACGGUGCAGGAGAGACCCUCUGUCGGAGCAUUCAGGCAUAUGUAGCUUUGUGCCAAGCUGCUGGAGUUACAAUCGAGCCCUGGAGAACAAACACCUUCUGCCCCCUCACCUGCCCCCCCAAUAGCCAUUAUGAGUUGUGUACAAGGACUUGUGAUUUCACCUGCACCAGCUUGUCCACCUCAGGGCAAUGCACAAAAAAAUGUUUUGAAGGCUGCCAGUGUGACAGCGGCUAUCUGUUUGAUGGCGACAGAUGUGUGGCAAUGGAGGACUGUGGCUGUGUACAUGACGGGCGAUACAUCAAGGCUGGAGAAAGUGUUGUCUUAGAAGGCUGUCUGGAGAACUGUACUUGUCACAUGUCAAGCCGGCUAAUCUGUGAGGAAACCAGCUGCCAGAUAGGAGACAUAUGCACCGUUCAUGAUGGUGUGCGUGGUUGCAUGGGACCGAAGGGCGAGUGCAUAGUCACCCCUGGGGCACGGCUGACCUCCUUUGAUGGUGUCUCCGGGGAAAUCCUCUACAAAGGGGUGUAUGAGGUGGCUUCCCUUUGCAACGAAAGUGACCCCCUUUGGUUCAGGAUCAUAGCAGUUGUCCAGGAAUGCAAGGAAUGGGAUUUGGCAGCAGUGUCAACAAUACAUGUAUUUUUCCGAGGAGUUUUCAUCACUGUGAAAAAGAGCAAGGAGACAUGGGUAAAUGGGCACCUGGUGCCACUCCCAGUAAAGGCCUCUCAAGAUGUGUCAGUAAGCCUCUCUAAGGAUGGGAUCGUGAUUGAGUUGGCCUCUGAAAUAGAAGUUCUCCUCCGACCCUGUGGGGAAGUGCUGGUUCAAGUCAGUGACAGGUUGGCAGGAGAACUGUGUGCCUCCUGUGGGAACUUCAAUGGAAAUAGUGCCGAUGACCUGGAGCUGCCUGACGGAAAGGUAGCAGGAAACAUUGCUGAGGUCAUUGAUGCCUGGAAGGCCAUGGAUUUCUCUGGCUGUGAUGUCUAAAAGCCAUCUGAGCCACAAUGGAUCUCGCCCUACGCUCCUCACCAUUAGUAGCAACUAUUCACACAUAGGUUCCAGAGAAAAACUCUUCCAUGUAGAGUAUUCUCUGGGGUCACAUUUCAUGCAGCUCAGCCUCUUAUCAAAUGAACUCUGGCUGCCAAAUAUAAUUAUGCUGUUUUCUCCUAAGUGUCAAUAAAUC